CUUGUUUCCUUCUAUAUAACGAGCUUCAUCUCUUUCGUUUCUUCCUACAUUCCCCUCGAACCUCAUAGCUUCUACUCUGUCUCAGAGAGAGUUGGUUUCGGGUUGGAUUUUGAAUUGUCCUUUCACUAUGAGGAAUCCUCCUCUCUUUGGGAGGACACCCUUGUUAUGCUUCUUCUUGAUAUCCUUCGUUUUUGCUGCAACGUCGUGCUAUGCCGUCGAGGUCAUUGGCAUAAGCAAAUGUACCGAUUGCCACGAGAGGAACAUAAAAACUAACCAUGCCUUGUCGGGACUCAAAGUAGCCAUAGAUUGUAAAUCAAGUGAUGAGCAGUUCAAAACAAGAGGAAUUGGAGAGGUGAAUGAAGAAGGAAAGUUCAGUGUGUUGCUGCCUAAUGCCAUUGUGGAAGAUGGAAUGCUGAAGGAAGAAUGCUAUGCGCAGGUUUAUAGUGCAUCAGCCGCCCCUUGCCGCCCUGCCCAUGAUGGCCUCCAGCGCCCCAAGGUGGCUGUGGUGCCCAAAUCAGCUGGGAAGCACACCUUUGGGCUGUCUGGUGAGCUCAUGUUUUCAUCAGCGACCUGUGGAUCGGCUUUCUUUUGGCCCUUCCACAAGCACCCUAAUCACUUUCCUUUGCCACUCCCUCUUGCACCUAAGUUUCACCACCAUUUCUUCCCUCCAUUGCCUCCUAAAGCGUUUCCUCCCGUGCCUAUCUAUGAAAAGCCGACUCCGCCGUCUAUUCCGGUUUAUGUAAACCCUCUUCCUCCACCGGUUCCGGUCUAUGGAAAACCUUUUCCACCGGUUGUUCCUGUUUAUGUCAAGCCUCUUCCUCCACCGGCACCGGUUUAUGAAAAGCCUCUUCCACCACCUGCUCCGGUUUAUGUAAAGCCAUUUCCUCCACCGACACCGGUCUAUGAAAAACCACUUCCACCACCGGUUCCCAUUUACCAUAAACCUAAGCCUCCACCGGUUCCCAUUUACCAUAAACCAAAGCCUCCACCGGUUCCCAUUUACCAUAAACCAAAGCCUCCACCGGUUCCCAUUUACCAUAAACCAAAACCUCCACCGGUUCCCAUUUACCAUAAACCAAAACCUCUUCCACCACCGGUUCCCAUUUACCAUAAACCAAAGCCUCCACCGGUUCCCAUUUACCAUAAACCAAAACCUCUUCCACCACCGGUUCCCAUUUACCAUAAACCAAAACCUCUUCCACCACCGGUUCCCAUUUACCAUAAACCUAAGCCUCCACCGGUUCCCAUUUACCAUAAACCUAAGCCUCCACCGGUUCCCAUUUACCAUAAACCAAACCCUCCACCGGUUCCCAUUUACCAUAAACCAAACCCUCCACCGGUUCCCAUUUACCAUAAACCAAAACCUCUUCCUCCGCCGGUUCCCAUUUACCAUAAACCUAAACCCCCACCAGUGCCGGUAUACAAGAAGCCACAUCCACCACCGGUUCCCAUUUACAAGAAACCUAAACCUCCACCGGUGCCAGUAUACAGAAAGCCACAUCCACCCCCGGUUCCCAUUUACCAUAAACCUAAGCCUCCACCAGUGCCGGUAUACAAGAACCCUCUUCCACCACCGGUUCCCAUUUACCAUAAACCUAAGCCUCCACCAGUGCCGGUAUACAAGAACCCUCUUCCACCACCACCUGUCCCUAUCUACAAAAACCCUCUUCCACCGCCCGUCCCUAUUUAUGAAAAGCCUCUUCCGCCACCGGUUCCUGUCUAUGAAAAAACCCUUCCACCACCUGUUCCUGUCUAUGAAAAACCCCUUCCGCCACCGGUUCCUGUCUAUGAAAAACCCCUUCCGCCACCGGUUCCUGUCUAUGAAAAACCCCUUCCGCCACCGGUUCCUGUCUAUGAAAAACCCCUUCCACCACCGGUUCCAAUAUAUGUGAACCCACUCCCACCGCCCAAUCCAUUUUUGAAGCCAAAACAUCCCUUGUUCAAGCAUCUGCCUCCCAUUCCAGAGAUGCCCCAUCAUCCAUUUUUCAAGAAGCCAUGGCCACCUAUCCCUCACUUCCCUCCGGCUCCCAUGUUCCCACCCUAAAAUCCACCCUCUGCUUCUCAGUCUUGCUUUUCAUAAUAAGCAAUGAACAUGGUAAUGUGCAGUGGAAGUUUAGUAACUUUCAGCUGCUGCUAAUAAAAGCUUCGAUUUCUGGCAUAACAAUCGAAUCGAAUCGAAUCAGAAGGAACAGAUAGAAGCAGGAUUGAACAGUUUUUUUAUUUUGUUUUUAUAUUUGAAGUUAAGAUCUGUGUGGAUUGUUCAUGGCUGUUGUUUCACGAUUGAGAUCGUGAUUCUGUAAAUGCCCAUGAACAAUUUUUCGUUUACAAAAAUUGCACUUUUAUGUUUUUGUUUGUU